GUUGUAGGGGUGGGCGGGGUUUAUGUAUCCUGAGGGGCGGAGCCAAGCAGCCAUUUGAGACGGACAAACUGAAGCAGUGUAAUUAACGGAGGAAGCAGCGGAUAACGUUAACUUUCUGGGACAGUCAUGAACUAGGACUGAGUAACUCCUAGAUCCUUGCUGGAGUCUCAGAGUUACAGUUGAAGAUGUUGCGCUACGUGAUCAUCUCUGCACAUCUUAUGAUGGCUCUAAAGGUUCAAGCCCAGUGUGAGAGUCCUGCUGUUGGAGAAAACCUGAAUAUGACUGAAAUAUCAGACCAACAGACUUUUCCUGAAGGCUACACUGUAAAGUUCAAAUGUUCCACCGGUUAUAUUCCAGAGCGAACAUCAGCUUCCAGGUCAAUCACCUGCAUUGGAAACCAGUGGAGCAAACUCCAACUUCAGUGUAAAAAAAAAUCCUGUGGAAAGCCUGGUGAGAUUCUCCAUGGAAAGUAUUUAUUUCCAGAAGGCUUUCGGUAUGGUGCAACAAUCAAAGCACAGUGUAACGAAGGUUAUCAGCUUAUUGGAUAUCCAGUGAGAAAUUGCAGAGAAACAGGCUGGGAUAAGACACAUCCUGUAUGUGAAGUGGUGAAGUGUAUAAAUCCUCCCAGUGUACCAGAUGGGGUAUUUGAACCAGAGGAGGAAGUGUAUAACUAUGGAGAUGGAGUCUAUUACUCUUGUAAGAGAGGUCUUGAUCUGUUUGGACCUUCACUAUUAACAUGCUCCAAUGAUGGAACCUUUCAGCCUGCUCCUCCUCGGUGUCUGUUUGUGACCUGUGAGAGACCCGAAAUCCUAAAUGCAGUUAGAAUCGAAGGAAAAUCAGCACCUUAUAAAUACAGAGACUUUGUUCGCUACCGGUGUAAUGAAGGCUACAAAAUGGAAGGAUCUGAUUUCCUGAUCUGUAAAGAAGAUGGGUGGGAUCCACCUCCUCCUCAGUGCACGAAGAUCUGUGAUCCACAAACCAUCCAAAAUGCAGUUAUUGUUGGAAAUUCCUCAUUGUACAGAUACAAUGACUCUGUCCAAAUCAGGUGUAAUGAAGGCUACAAAACAGUGGGGUCUGAUCGCCUGACCUGUGGGGAGAAUGGAUGGAGUCCAGGUUUCUCACAUGUACUGGUAAAAAUGACCAGUGGUUUUUGAACAUUAAAGAAUGUUUUAUGUUUUAAAGAUAGGGUUCAUUGGCUGAGGCAGGUUUCCAAUUUCCAUUAACAUUUUUAUCUUUAUAUGUAAUCCGCAGACGAGCCGGGAAGAAAAGACCAUAACGAACCCCUUCCAGGCCACGCAGUUGCCUCCUGACCUCAUUAAAUGCGGCUCGAUCCCUGGCCACCUUGGCCGUGUGUUCGAGGAAAACGGACAUCUUUAUUUCUCCCACAACAUCCUGUCGACUCUCUCUGGCACGCUGUAGAACAUUCUCACAGUCGCUAUAAUAGUGAAACCUGGCAAUAACAGUGCGCGCUCGCUCACCGUGUUUGGGCUUCGGCUGAGAGGUUCUAUGUGCUCGGUCUAACAGCGGUGUUUCUUCCAGUCUAAACGCUUCCUUAAGCAUUGUAGAAACAACCGUAGUGUUAAUGACGGUAUCCUCAGGAAUCCCGACAAUCCUAAUAUUAUUCCGUCGCGACCGAGAUUCGAGGUCCUCACACUUAUUUUGCAGCGAAACAAACUCUGCGGUUAAAUGUGCGAGUUUGUUUUUAAUCUCAGCUACAUCGUCAGUACAGACGGAGAGAGAAUCCCCCAUUUCUCCCACUGUACCUCUGAGUGCGGCCAACUCUGCGUCUGAAGCGGCCUUAUCGUUCGCCAGUUGUGUUUUUACUGACUGUAGGUCAGCUCUAAUUGUGGACAAUUCAUCACCCAGUGCCGCUCGAAGUUCGGUUUUAAAAAUCUCAGCAAUGUCUUGCUUUAACAAGAUUAGCAGUUCGUGCUUCAGGGACUCCGCAUCAAUUACCUGGGCGACUUCCCUGGGAGAGGUGGAGCUGCGGGGUGAAGACGGAGCCCCAGGGUCUGGGGUCGCUACCUGUGUAGCAGGCCUCAGUUGUUGGGCCAUGGUGGCACGGGUUUUAGAUGAUUUUCUAGCCAUGAUAAUACGUCCAAGUGUUGAAAAAGACUUUAACAAAGUAUCCUAGGGGUAAAUAUAUCAAAAAGGCAAUCUAAAUUGCGAUAUAAAAUAAUUACCAUUAACUCUGCAGGAGUCUCAAAUCACAUGUCUUACUCCAUUGGCUGCUCAACAGCGCCCCCAGGAUCACUGUCUUCAUAGAUGUUCCAGUUGAGAGCAAGUUUUAAUGUUG